AUGGCUGAAGCACGUGCUGGGGACCCACUUCCCACUUCACGGCGCAUCUCACAAGGGGAUUAUCCAGAAGGCUCCAUUAUACUGGAUGGACUACUACUGGAACCUCUGGCGCCGUACCAAACAGUCAGCCAGUACGGGUUUCUCUAUACCUUAGUUCCAGUUGAUCGUGAGGAAGCCGUAAAGAAGGAUGUGAGGCACAUGGGAACACAAACAGCUGUUCCUUUGUGUACGUUAGGCACUCAGACAGAGUUUGUUGCGUCGAGCACAACUGUGCAGACUGAGCUUAGCCUUCCUCCACAAACUUCCUUGGCACUGGCUGAAGGUGUCCCAGGGGACAUGAGAGGCAGCGAAACUGCAUCGCAGUCUACGUACCAAUAUUUCGAUACUGGUGUGCAAAGGGCCUCAACUCCAGAAUCAGGUACAGCGCCAGAUGUAGUGCCAGAACUCGAUACCACGUUUGGAUCGACAAGCAUCCCCGACCCACAUGAUGCUACACUUCAUACGCCGGACAUGGUGGAAAGUUCUGACGAUGAAGAUGAUGAACUCAGCAGCCCUCCAGGGUCCCAUCAUUCAAGACCCUAUAUACAUCAACUGGAUGAAGGUGAAAGCCAGUAG